AUGCCUCCACCGCUUCUUUCUCCUCUCCCCCGCCGCACCUUUGAUGCGGCUCAAGCAAGCGAUGAAUUUUCCAAGCAGUGGGCCAACCCGGGGGACAUCUUUUCAGUGCUUCUUCUCCUCGGUGGUGAUGUUGUUAAUCGUGCACUAGCUCAGUUAGCAGGGACGAGGGUGAGCCCUGUAGCAUUCUCAUUUGGAUGGGUUGCUUAUGCUAUGAGUGCGGUUGCCUCGGCUGUUGGGGAGAACAGGUUGAUGCCGCCUCCUGAUUGUGCAUGUAAAGUGAUCAACGCGGAAACGGGACAUAUUCGCGAAAAUUCCAGCUGGAUCAUUGGCCGUAUUGUGCGUGACUUUGGAUCUUGGAGGCAUGAAGAUGUCGACGCAUGCGUCGACAAGCUGCUGGAUCUGAAAUGGGAACAGCUUAGACAAAAGGCCGAGAGAGAGCGCCCAGGUUCGGGCCAGCAUGUUGGAAGACCCGCGCAGUCGGGCCUCUGUGUAUCCGUUUAUAAAGCUGGAGAUGCAAGACCCAGGCAUCCAGGAUAUGACUUGGUAUAUUUAAGCGGCAUUUUGACCGUCUUCUUGCAGCUCGGUGUUGCGGCAAUCCCAUGUGGAUUAUUCGGGGACUGGAGCAUUCUUUUAAUCACAAUCUGCGGGAUUGUGCUCUCAUUUGCCAUGGGUUAUCCUUCGCAAUGGGCCAAAGAGAAGUGGGCAUGUCGGACUAGGUCCAAGAAGGUGGUUAUUCUGACUCGAGGCAGUGGCAGUCAGCAUGUCAUCAUUAUCAUCGGCGACGGACGUGGACUUGAUCUCGAGGAUCUUGCUACCGGGCCAAUCAAUGUUGAUGUUUCCACGUCUGCUUUUACGAGGCUCUUUGUUAUCGUCCUUGCCAUCAUCUGGGUUUUGCUUCUCAUUACGGCAGCAGGGGUUCAUGAGAAUACAUGGUUUCUGCUGGCCGUCGGCGGUAUUGGAAUCCUGCAGAACAUUUUUGUAGCCGCACGGUGGCGUGACCCAGCUGCUUUUGGGGCACCUCUCAUAUUCGAUUGCGUAUUUGGUGAGACAAGUGUGAUGCAAACCUUGUAUCUUAUGGAAGAAAGGUAUCCUAAAAGCGGUAGGAACAUGCUAGAAACAUUCUUUCCUGGAGGUAUGGAGCGUUUGAGCCCGGAGGAGAGGAAGAAGUGGGCUGAGCUCGAAGCUGCAGCUCAUUCCACACUUCAUAUCAAGAAUGUUCCCAAAACCCGAACAACAUGA